AGAAGAGGACGAGGAAGAAAUACGAUUUUUUAGGCGCAAUUUCUGUGCCUUGUCUACGAAUACUGUUGUCCUGUUUUUCUUGCAUUUUCACUAUCUCGAGCUAAACCAGCAAUGGCUGAAAAUGCGGUUCCCGUCCACCCUGUGGACGUGGUAGUGACCUUUUACCGAACAGAAGUCCUUACUGGCGAAGAGGCUAAACAUUUCACCAAGAGUGAUCUUGCUCCUUCUCCGAAGCCAGAAGCAGUUCAAUCACUGUACAUGAGAGUGUUGCAUCAGCUCUUUCGUUUCAGACCUGAAUGUCACUCCAUGGUUCCACUUGUGGAAAACAUUCAGCAUCCCGAGUGCCACGAGGGGGCAACUGCUAUCCUCAGUGUCUAUGCUCGCAUGCGACAGUUUCUGCCAAUGUGUUUUGUGUAUGACUUCUCACUCAAUGACCUCCUGGCACCUAAGAAACAUCGGACACUUACCAUUUUGAGUGCCAUCAUGAACUUUCUCCAAUUCAGGAAGCAGAGGAUUAAUGUCAUGUCUGCAAAGCAAGUCAAGUUUAGGGCAGCCUUGGACAUGCAGCAGACUUAUGCCAAAGGAACCCAGGAAGCGGAAAAAAAAAUUGAGAUCCUGACGUCUAUCCCACCGGAGCAGCAAGCUGAGGACGCUAAGCUGGAAGCCGCCCUUUCUGAACUGCAGGCCAACACCACAAGUUUAUACAAGGGCGUGAAUGCUAAAAACGACACAAUUGCAGAGUGGAAAGCAAGAAUUGCAGAGAAAACGCAGAAACUGACCCAGCUCAAGAUGGACGGAAGCAACAUCAAGGAAGAAAUCACGAAACUCAAGUCUCAAAUUGUGGAGUCACCAGAGGAGCUGCAGGUCCAAAUGGAGAGGAUGAGGGAAAAUAUCAAGGACUUAAAAAGCUCGAUUGGGAAAACUGAUGAGGAUGUAGUGCAGCUGCAAAACAUGGUCCAGACAAUGAAUUGCACCGAUACGGAGAUCCAGCAAAUGUACAAUCUGCUGCAAGACCUUGAAAUCAGCAUGAGCGACAGCAAGCAGCAGGACGAGGAGCAUAAACAGCUAAUUUCCCAGCAUGAGAAGAAACAGAAGGAGCUGAAGAACCUAUGCAAAGAGGAAGAGCAGCUGAAGCAAGUGCUGGACAUGAAGCUGGACAGGGAGGCCAAACACAACGUUCGCAGGCAAAAGAAGAAGGAGGACAAGGAGCAACAUGUCAACACUGUGUUGGGACAGUGUAACCAAAUACAUCAGAAACGUCAGGAAAAGGUGGACAAAAUCCAAGAGGUGUCUCAAGAGAAUCAGCAGCUGCGAGUAGAUAUCCAGAGCCUGACGGAUGUCUGCAGCCAAGAGACCAAGAAAGCUCAGGUUAUGUAUGACACGCUUUCAACUGCAAUGGAUGAGCUGGAUCAGAGAAUUGAGACGACUAUUUUAAAUGCAAAAGAAGAUGCCAUCAAAAUGUUGGCAACUUUCCAAUAAUUGUUUUUUUUUCCCCCCUCAUUCAAGAGAUUCAUGGAGGUUGUGUUCAAGUUUUUACAUGUAUGUGCACUUAAAAGCUGUUUGGUGUUGGAGUGACUUUGUACACGAUGCGUACAUAAAGAAAAUAAAUACAAAUUGUAUU